AUGGGUUCAGCAUCUUCCCAGCAGAAGCUUCCACUAAAAGAAAUUCCUCCCAAUAUCAAGACCAGCUCAAGAUACGUGUUAUACCUCAUGUUUACCUAUCCGGAGGGAUCACCUGAUGGACCCACACCACUCUGGACGGGGUCACUUGACGAAAUCAUCGAUGAGGAUCUUUCAUCCAAUACCGUCUUGUAUGGUUGGGGAUCUUCAAAGCCAUUUAUCAGAAAAGAGGUGGACAAAUUUGUGGGGUCCGUGCGAAGUAGGGAACCAGGAGUGACGGUGAGGUAUAGGAUCGUGGGACCGAAGUGA